AAUAAUAUUCAGUAGUUGUAGGGAGUGCCCCACAUGUAGUCUGGUACUAUUCUCUUUCUCUCUUUCACUCGCUCACUGUUUGCCUCUCCCUCGUGUCAUCCUCAUUUCCUCCUUACGUUCACUUGUUUGAAAAGCAAUAUUAGUGAUAGUUGACAGCAGGCGACUGAACGCACAAGACUGAACUCUGUAUGCAGUGCAGAACAUCGCCUUCUUCUAUCAGCGGACAAGUGUGAGUGUCUUUCCCUUCACACCUCAAUCCUUUACGCCCCCACGUGGUGUGUGUGAUCAGGUGGGAUGGUGGAGGGCGGCGUGGGUACCAGCCCUCAUGUGUUUGUGGUGGACAGCCAAGCCAGCUAUGCCUCCCUUCCCAGCAAAAAGAAGCCGUGGUGGAACAGAGUACGGCAAAGGUUUCUUCUCCCGCUGCUGGGACUGGUCUUGUUUGGACUUGCUGUUGAGGGAUUUUUCCUGUAUAAACUGUACCAAAAAACUGAGAUGUUCUUCUGUUUGCCGCCUUCUCUCUGCCAUAACCAGUCAAAUCCCCAAAUAUCUGCCCAACUUGGCGGCCCCGUACCGAGUCCAGGGCGAACUGAAGGGUCGGUUGAGUUUCACACAACGCAACCACUUCCAGAUCAGCUGAAACGGCGACCCAUGGCGCACCUGCUAGGCCCCAGAGGUUCUGUGGGGCCAGACAAUGUGGUGCUGUGGCAAAAACAGGGUGAGGCUUUCACCUUGGACAUGGGCUACAACAAUGGCCGGUUGGUGACUGAGAAAGAAGGUUACUACUACCUCUACUCCAAAGUUCAUCUAAAUGCUGCGAAAGAAUGUUUGGUUAUCAGUCACAAAGUCUUGAAGAACACAAAUGCUUACGGAAAGCCGAUAGAGCUUAUGAAAUCAAAAAGUUUCCGCUGUCCAACCCAAGAACCCCCGAGUCAGAGAUCUUCAAAUGCAGAGAAUCUGUGGAACAGUUUUCUUGCAGGCAUCUUCCACCUUGAAAAAGGAGAUCAAAUUUAUGUCACACUGGACAAUGGACAGUCAUUGCGUCCAGGACCGACUGACAGCUUCAUGGGGGCCUUCAUGAUAUCUCCUUAGAGGGAUAUGGAUAUGGCUUUUGAUUAGAGUCUGUGUCUCUGCAUGUUGAUUAUGCCAUAUCUUUGAUAAAAUUAAUAUAUAGAUAAUCUAAUAUAUACUGUGUUCAUUAAAUGUAUUUGUAUUAUUUAUGGAAAAGAGCCACAUAUUUGUGAUAAAGAAGAGUAACUGAUAUUCAGGCUGUAAAAACUUGUUUAAUCAUUUGUUAUAUAUUUUGUGUGAAUAAAGUACUUUUUAAUCAUCAAA